CAGCGCCUUCCAAUGUCAAUUAAAUAAGCAAAGCCAAAACGCGAAGAAAAGCCAAGCGAAACGGAAAGCAGAUUCUCGUUGCCGCGGACGAAACUAAAAACCAGGAAAUCAUCACCAGCACACACACACACAUUGCCAAGCACCAACACACCACAUCCGCAUCCGGACGAGGUGGCACUGCGGGCAGGAAGAACGUAACCGCAGCAGUGGAGCAGCACCUGCCCACCAACCAGGAGCUACCAGGUCGAGAUGCCCCAGAUGAGGGCAGCGGCCGCUGAGGCGGUGGCCGCCGGCAGCGCCAAUGGGCAGCCGCUGGUCAAGAUCGGUCAUUACCUGCUGGGCGCCACCCUGGGCACCGGGACCUUUGGCAAGGUGAAGAUCGGCGAGCAUCAGAUCACCCGGGUGAAGGUGGCCGUCAAGAUACUCAACCGGCAGAAGAUCAAGAGCCUGGACGUUGUGGGCAAGAUCCGGCGAGAGAUUCAGAACCUAAAGCUCUUCCGUCAUCCGCACAUCAUCAAGUUGUACCAGGUCAUAUCCACGCCCUCGGACAUCUUCAUGAUCAUGGAGUAUGUGAGCGGCGGCGAGCUGUUCGACUAUAUCGUAAAGCACGGCAAGCUGCAGGAGCACCAGGCGCGCCGCUUCUUCCAGCAGAUCAUCUCGGGCGUGGACUACUGUCAUCGGCAUAUGAUCGUUCAUCGGGACCUGAAGCCGGAGAACCUGCUGCUCGACCACAACAUGCACGUGAAGAUCGCUGACUUUGGGCUCUCGAACAUGAUGCUCGACGGCGAGUUUCUUCGCACCUCGUGCGGCUCGCCCAACUAUGCAGCGCCCGAGGUGAUCUCCGGCAAGCUGUACGCCGGACCCGAGGUGGACAUCUGGUCGUGCGGCGUUAUCCUUUACGCCCUGCUGUGCGGCACUCUGCCCUUCGAUGACGAGCACGUGCCCACGCUGUUCCGGAAGAUCAAGUCGGGCAUCUUCCCGAUACCCGAGUACCUCAACAAGCAGGUGGUUAAUCUGGUGUGCCAGAUGCUGCAGGUCGAUCCCCUCAAGCGGGCCAACAUCGAGGAGAUCAAGAAGCACGAGUGGUUCCAGAAGGAUCUGCCCGCCUACCUCUUUCCCUCGUCCAUCGAGCAGGACUCCAAUGUGAUCGACACCUAUGCGGUGGCCGAGGUCUGCACCAAGUUCGGCGUCAAGGAGACCGAGGUGCAUAACUCGCUGCUCAGCGGCGAUCCGCACGAUCAGCUGGCCAUCGCCUACCAUCUGAUCAUCGACAACAAGCGAUUCGCCGACGAUGCGGCCAACCAGAUAAACGAGAUCAACAACUUUUUUGUGGCCGGCUCGCCACCGCCGCCGCCGCCACCGCCCGUUCCCCACCAGUCGUCGCUGGACAACCAGACACCGCUGGCCACCGUGACUGUGGGCGGAGGCACUGCAGCCAGCUCUGGGACGGCCACGCCCGUGCCACCGGCCUCGGGCGGCACGCCUAGCAGCACCAUCCGGCCGCAUCCGGAGCGGAUUGCUCCGAUGAGGGAGCGCCAGCUGGCCAUGUCCGUGCAGACGUCGGGUGGCGGUGCGUUCCCGGAGAAGACGGCUCGCGGCGGCACGCCCAUCAAGCGCGCCAAGUGGCAUCUGGGCAUUCGGUCGCAGAGCAAGCCGAACGAUAUAAUGCUGGAGGUGUACCGGGCCAUGAAGGCCCUCAGCUACGAGUGGAAGAUCAUCAAUCCGUACCAUGUGCGCGUGCGACGACAGAACGUAAAGACGGGCAAGUUCUCGAAAAUGUCGCUGCAGCUGUACCAGGUGGACGCCAAGAGCUAUCUGCUCGAUUUCAAGUCGCUAACCAAUGACGAGGUCGAGCAGGGCGACGACGUCAUCAUGGAGAGCCUCACGCCGCCGCCGCUUAGCGUGUCCGGUGUGAUGCCGCUGCAGCCGACCGGACACCAUACCAUGGAGUUCUUCGAGAUGUGCGCCGCCCUGAUCAUCCAGCUGGCGCGCUGAGAAGCCCGGUGACCGCCGUCGGCCGCAGCGGAUUCGAUGGGAUCUUCUCGGUUGGCGAUCUGCCAUCUCGGACCGCCCUGAGGAUUGACCAAGACCACACCCGGAUGACACAGUCCCACAAAGGAAAGCUGCGGAGGCAUGGAGUUUGGGGUUUCAAUCACUUGACCAAGUUCUAAGAUUCGACACAACCACAGCUGAUUCCGAUGCGGAAUAUGCCCUUUGUCCGCUUCUCGAACCCUAUUGAAUAGAAUUAGAUGCACAACAAAUUGCAUGCACAAGAAGCCCUGUUGCCGUUCAUAUAUUUUAUUAAAAUUGGAAAAAUGUAACAUUGCAAAUGUAGUUUUUCGAAAAUGUGCAAUUCGGUAAAGAAAUCAAGGAGAACCCAUUAAAAAAAAAACGGUGGCAGGACUGAAUAGCUUUUUAACUAUAUAACACUCGAACUCCGACCCCAGCUUCCCUUUGUGCGGCUGUGUAUUCUGAAUAAAAUGUUUUUGAAUUCGGACGCCCGCCGGCCGUAACCGCUGAUAUGCUACCGUUACCCGCUUUUGCCGCAUCCAUUUCCGCUUCCGGUUAGUCGUAAGUUUGUAGGUUCCGCCACCCCAAAAUCGCACCGAUCGGUCGGCGGACUUCGAACCGCCUCUGUUCUGUUUCUAUAUCGAUUUCUUUGUUUAUAUAUAUACAAUGUUGAGUUAUAUUAUUUUACCCGAGAAUCCAUACCGUAUGUGUACGUCUAUUUGUAUUACGCCUAACGAGAAUUGUAAUCGGCACCUUGUCUGGGGCAUGUUGUUUGGAUUGUAACUAGAUAACCAGAUUUGGGCCAGCGAGUUUUAUGUAUCUGUAUAAAUAAACCACAAUAAAGCGAUCCAUUAAUAUUCUAAACCAUUAAA